AGACUGGAGCACCGAGAGAAUAGAUAAGUAUAGACAGCUUUCAUCUACAGGCUAGUUACCGUAUUUUUCGCUCCAUAAGACGCACCUGACCAUAAGACGCAACUAGGUUUUAGAGGCAGAAAACAGGAAAAAAAUAUUCUGAACCAAUGGACUACAGACAUUAUACAGGAGAUGACCAGAGACUGCGGACAUAGUACAGGAGAUGACCAGAGACUGCGGACAUAGUACAGGAGAUGACCAGAGACUGCGGACACAGUACAGGAGAUGACCAGAGACUGCGGACACAGUACAGGAGAUGACCAGAGACUGCGGACUAGUACAGGAGAUGACCAGAGACUGCGGACAGUACAGGGGAUGACCAGAGACUGCGGACACAGUACAGGAGAUGAGCAGAGACUGUGGACAACAGUACAGGGGAUGACCAGAGACUGCGGACAUAGUACAGGAGAUGAC